AUGAUGAACGGAUGGGGUAGUGUUAUCACUAUCCUCGGAUUUUUUCAUCGUGAUUUAAAACCAGAAAAUAUCUUGUGUAAAGGUGUAGAAUUAAUUAAAUUAGCUGAUUUUGGUCUUGCUCGUGAACUUCGUUCUAGACCUCCUUAUACUGAUUAUGUUUCUACACGAUGGUAUCGUGCACCCGAAGUACUUCUUCUUGGAUGUAUUGCAGCAGAGCUAUAUACAUUAAGACCAUUAUUUCCUGGUAGCAGUGAAAUCGAUGAAAUGUUUAAAAUUUGUGCUGUUAUGGGUACACCAAAUAGAGAUGAAUGGGCUGAAGGAUAUAUGUUAGCAACUAAAUUAUCAUUUCGUUGGCCACAAUGUGCUCGAACAGAUCUUAAAAAAAUAAUUCAUAGUUCAAAUAGUGAUGUCAGUCAAGAUCUAAUACCAACAACAUAUUCACAAGCACCAACUGGAAAUAAUUCAUCACCAAUAAAUUCAGCAAGAUCAUCGGAAUCAAAAAAUAAUAUAUUUACAGAUGAUUGGCAAAUGGCUGGAAAUAAGACUCCAGCUGACCUUGAUGAUAUGAAAGAUUUAGAUGCAUUAUUAAAAGAAUUUGAAGAACCAAAAAAGCCUACUAUAAAAGCAAAUAAUCCUCAACCACAAAAAUUACCACCAUCAAAUAUAUCUUCGCAGAAAAAAUACGAAUCAUCUUUCGUAGAUAAUCGAAAAGGAAAUAUUUCUAAACCAAAUUUAUCUCAUAUACCUGAACAACAUCGAACAUCAAAUUUUAAAGAAUCAGCUAAACCAGCAGUUGAUCAAUCAUUUGAUAUUGAUGCGAUUUUACAAGGUCGAUCAAUUCAACCUCAACAGACAGGAAAAGGCUUAUUAAAUCCAAUAGGACCAUCAAAAAAUUCUGCAUCAUCAGCAACAAGAAGAGACAGUUUAACCGAUUGGUUAAAUGAAGAUCGAUCAACAACUAAAAAUCAAUCAUCAAAUUUAUUUUCAAAUAAAAUAACAACAAAUGUUUCUACUAAACCAACAACUCAUCUUGAUCCUGAUGAUUUUUUUUCUAACACACAUAGUCGAGAUCAAAGUGCGACGAGAGCACCUCAAUCAACAACGAAAUCAUCUGCUAAGCAAUAUUAUUUGGGUAACUCAAGGUAUAAACCAGGUAUUAAUCCUAAACAAACAGUACGUGGUGAUAAUUUUAAUUGGCUUAUGGAUCCAUCAGAUAAUAGUAAUUCAGCGUCUCGUGCUCCAAAAUUAUCGUCCUAUGCACCAACAUUUGGUGAACAAAGAAAACCAGCUCAACAAGCUCCUACAAUUUUCGGUGAUUGGGAUCGUCUUGGGAAAUGA